CGAAAUACUUAAUACUUAUUUGUUUCCUAAAGUGUGUUGUAGGAAGAAGUCCAUUGUAUAAUAAGUAUUAUCAUAUUUUUAUAUAACAUUGUAAUGUUUUUAUUUGGAUAUAUUUACAUUUUUUAAUUAUGCCGAAAAAUCAACAAACCCAACAAAUAUUAAAUGAUACAAGGGAUGAUUCGUCUUCAUCUCGGGUUGUCAUGCUGUUUGGAUCAGAUGAGGAAUGUGACUUAACAUCGGAUGACUUGACGUCUGGCGAUGAAGACGCAUCGUCAGGAAAUCAAUUAACUGGGAUCCGACGGUUCCCUGUACCAGAUUCCCGAAAACCAUGUACUGUAACCAAUUCUCGGGAACGCUGGCGCCAACACAACGUUACCGGUGCUUUUGCCGAACUUCGUAAAUUGGUACCCACUCACCCACACGAUAAGAAAUUAUCGAAGAAUGAAAUUUUAAGAAUGGCUAUCAAGUACAUUCGUCUUUUAAGUGGUGUCCUUGAAUGGCAAGAGAAUCAACAAGAUUUCAGCAAUAAUAAUGAAGAUUGUAUGGACAAUAAUGUGUAUUUAUAAUUAUAGUAUGUAUCGCAAAAUAAAAUGUUACAUUAUUAUAUACUUGACGAUAUAAUAUGACGGUAAAAACUAACAACGUUUUUAAUUAAUGUACGUUGAUUAGAAAUAUAUAUUUCUACAUUAUAGUAGUUAGUAUAGGUGUAUACAUAUUAUAUUUAUAAACUAAA